AAGUCUUGGCCUUUCCGAUUUCAGAUUUUUUUCUCAGGUUCCCACGCGCCACCGCGAAACAGCAAAAUCCCAAAUUGGCGAAGAGAUGCAAGGAGGAGGAGGAGUGUGGAGCCAACUAUGGAGGAAAUACGCUGAUUAUAACUACAACAAGUUCGAGAGAUUUGCUGUUUGGGAAAUGAUCGAACCUUACCGCCGACCAAAAACCUUCACGGCUUUGAUUACUAUCUAUGUCGCCGCCUUUUACACCGGCGUCAUCGGCGCUGCAGUUACAGAGCAACUCUACAAGGAGAAGUUUUGGGAAGAGCACCCUGGGAAAACGGUGCCUCUGAUGAAGCCAGUAUUCUAUCGAGGACCAUGGAGAGUUUAUCGUGGUGAGGCUAUUGCUUCAGAUGCUAGCAGCCAGUGAAGGUAACAGUUUAGGCUAUCAGAGACUAUGUUCGGUAUAUGAGUGCAUGUAUCCUACUUUGAGUUGUUUAAAUGUUCUCUAGGCAUCUUUGGGUUUAAGCUGGUCGGUAUAUUAUGCUUGUAGACAAUAAGGUCUAUUGACGAAUACACUCUGUUAAAGAAUUGAUUUUUCCUACUUGUAAUGAACAGUCUCGUUAUAGUAUUUAAUGAUUUGAUAAGAGAAGUUUAAGGGUA